AUGGCUUAUAACAAGCAACUAGAAGCCAAGCUUGAACAGAAAUAUAUUCAUAAUAAGGUGGUAACGGACCCUGAAAUAUCAGCAGCUCUCGCAAGAAUAUAUCCAUUAUUGAUUAUUAUUAAUACAACAUUAGACAAUAUAUUAUGGAUUUGUAAUGACCAUUGCCUUCCAUUUAUAUAUCUUUUAGCUAUAGAAAUCUGCCUAACCCCCUUAGAUCAUUCAAGGAAUAUUAAGAAUAUCACAAGCUAUUCUUAUAGAAUGUGGUCAAUUUUACAAACUUGGUUUGCAUUAAUGAGUUUAGUAUUUCUUUCAACUUCGUUAUGUUAUUAUAUUGUUACUGUUUACAAUGAUUUGAAAAAAUUAGAAGCUCCCACUUCAGAGGAUAUUUUAAUUGCAUUAAACUCGAUGACAGAAAAAUUAAAAGUCCUUAAAGUAGAAACUUUAAGGGGUUAUUCAAUUAAUAUGAAUAAAUUAAUCGUCUACUUUUUUAUUUUUAUACCAAUUCAAAUAUUCUUAAACAAUUCAGUUUUCAGUGAAAAAUAUUUACGACUAUUUGCGUUAUCUUUCUUAUUCUUUCAUUCUUCUUGGGUACAAACCACUAUUAAAAUAUUUUGGAGGUUAACUAUUACUAGAUACAUAUAUUUUGCAUUUUAUUAUCUAUUAAACCCAUUUGCAUUUAAAUGUCGUUGGCCAAGCAUUAAAGGUUUGAACAUUUAUAUUUCAAAAAUUUCACCAAAUGCUAUAGCAGAUUUACCAUUUCCAGAAUCAUUUGAAAUACUUUCUAAUAUUGAAGAGCAAAUUGCAUUACUCAAAACGUAUCCCAGAAUAGAUACUAAUAAUUCAAUUUCUCUACCUUCUAACAGAAAUGCAGAGACAUCAUCCACUAAACCAAUUCAUUCUGUGCCUGAAAUUUCAGAAUCUAAUAAUUUAACUCUGACAACUCCUGAUAUUUUACAUAAGAGUAUCUCAAAUUCAGCCUCCAUCACACGAUCAAUUCCACCUGUACCAGGCACUAUUUCAAAAUCUCUUCCAAGAUCUCUCCCACCUUUUCCAAAUUCUGCCCCAGGGCCUGUGCCACAAACCUCAUGCUUCACACCAAGGCCUACUCCACCAAUUCCAAACUCUGCUCCAAAGCCAUCUGUACCUGUGCUAAACCCUGCUGCAACAUCUGUCUCACCUUUAUCAAAAUCUUCCUCCAGACCUGUUCCCCCAAUUCCUAAUUCUAUAUCUAGUAGCACAUCUCCACUAACCAAUGCUGAUAAGCCCACUUCUUCAGCAAGUGACUUAAAUCCGCUAACAUCUGAUUUAAUAACAACACCAAAGGAAACUGUAUCUUCUACAAGUGAAAUUACCACAGAAAAUAACCUUCUCGUGGAGUCGAAUGAUGAAACGAUCUCUGCUAAUAACGAUAAUAAAUCUAAUUCACAAUCACUAUUACCUUCUGAACCAACGAAUAAAGAUUCUAGUUUUUGUGCAACUGAUUUACAAUUGCCAAAUUCUUCUCUUAUUACCCCUUCCAAUGGUUGUAUCAGUGUCAUAGAUAUUACCAUUAUGGAAAAUCAAAGAAAAUGGAGAGCUUUGGGAUGGAGUGGUAUUACGUUGAAAUAUGAAAGAGCAAAUUUUACAAUAAAUCUGGAUGACGAAACUUCGACAAAACAACUACCAGAACUUAUUACUAACCAGAAUCUUCAAGCCAUUGUUUCUCCUUUAGAAUUGCAAAAUACCAUGAAUUCAAUACCGGAUUGGAAGUGGUUAGAUAAUGGCUGGGUAACAUUCGAUUGGGAUUAUAUGGAUACUGAUUGGAAUUAUCUUGGGAAAGUUGAAUCGUUAGAAUGUUUUACCCGUUCUAGAAAGUGGAAAAGACGUAUAUAUUCUAUUAAAACUAAGAAAUGA